CACCCCACUGCCGAUUAGCGGUCGAUUUGCGCCAGGCGUUUACCGGGUACUUCCACCAAAAGCAUAGACUUUGUUCCUUUUCAUUCUACACUUUUUUUAUUUUCUAUUGUGCCGCAUACGAGGGGUGAAACUCGUAACCAACCGCCAAAAUGUCGACCACCGUGGAAAAGAUCAAACAAAUCGAAGAUGAGAUGGCCAAGACGCAGAAGAACAAGGCUACGGCCUUUCACUUGGGUCAAUUGAAGGCUAAGCUUGCGAAGCUGAAGCGAGAGCUGUUGACUCCGACCGGAGGAGGUGGUGGCGGCGGUGGUGCCGGCUUCGAUGUUGCCCGUACCGGUGUCGCUAGUGUUGGCUUCAUUGGUUUCCCCUCCGUCGGAAAGAGUACCCUGAUGAGCAGACUGACGGGGCAGCACUCGGAAGCUGCCGCUUACGAAUUCACGACUUUGACGACUGUGCCCGGACAGGUCAUGUACAACGGUGCGAAGAUUCAGAUUCUCGAUCUCCCUGGUAUUAUUCAGGGUGCCAAGGAUGGCAAGGGUCGUGGUCGUCAGGUCAUUGCCGUGGCCAAGACCUGCCACCUGAUCUUCAUCGUGCUGGACGUUAACAAGCCGCUGCACGACAAGAAGAUCAUCGAGAACGAACUGGAAGGGUUUGGCAUCAGAAUCAAUAAGCAACCCCCAAACAUUGUUUUCAAGAAGAAGGACAAGGGUGGUAUUGCCAUCACGAGCACGGUUCCCUUGACGCAUAUCGAUAACGACGAAAUCAAAGCCGUCAUGAGCGAGUACAAGAUCUCCUCCGCGGACAUUUCUAUCAGAUGCGAUGCGACCAUCGAUGAUCUCAUUGAUGUGCUGGAAGCCAAGAGUCGCGCCUACAUUCCGGUGGUGUAUGCUCUGAACAAGAUCGAUGCGAUCACGAUCCAGGAGCUGGACCUUCUGUACCGGAUUCCCAACGCCUGCCCCAUUAGCUCUGAACACGGAUGGAACGUUGACGAGCUGCUGGAGAUGAUGUGGGAGAAACUCAACCUGCGCCGGGUCUACACCAAGCCCAAGGGCAAGACGCCGGAUUACACGGCCCCCGUCGUUCUAAGAGCCAACGCCUGCACGGUCGAGGACUUCUGUAAUGCUAUUCACCGUACGAUCAAGGACCAGUUCAAGCACGCUAUCGUCUAUGGCCGCUCCGUCAAGCACCAACCGCAGCGUGUCGGUCUGUCACACGAGUUGGGAGAUGAAGAUAUCGUGUCCAUCGUCAAGCGCUAAUCGAGUCCGAACGCCAUGUCAACCCUCCUGGAAGAGGAUCCGCCCCUUAAGCGGAGCAGCGCAGUGGCGAAUCGUGCACUCGAGCAUGAUCAACACAAAUCGACUGU